AUGUUGGCCCUCCAAUACUUUUUGGCCAUCAACACUAGACAGUCUAAGCACCACAUAGGUCAUACAGCCAAAAAAUUUGACUAUAAGUUUAUGUGUACCAUUGCAUGUGAUGACUUGGAGUCUGAGUUAGAGUACAAAGAUGUAUCUAAAUUGGAUGUAUCAUCAUCUUUCAUGGUAGGGCUCUCAUUGACCACCACUCAGUCAUUGGCUUCUGUACAGAAUGGAGACAUGGAGAUCAUUUGGCACCUGCAACUCAAAAACCAGUUACUCAAGAAUAACAAUCAGACUCUGGGUGAGAAGAACAAAGUAUUGCCUGUGCCAAACUCUCUGCCCAUCAUCAUAUCCGCUAGCCGCUAUGCAAGCAAGGAUGCCAAAGAACUUUGUCUUGUGAUAGAGGUAUAUUCACUUCUACCGGAUCACCUCCAUCAUUUCAUACCUGCUUCUCAUUUUCAAUCAUUGCUAGAGCAGCGUCUCCAAGGUGGACACUCCGGUGAGAUUGGCAAACUAUACUUGAUGGCAGGGUGUAUCUUUGGUUUGGAUUUGUCCUACUUUGACCUGAGUUUCAUGAAGUGA